AUGGGGCACUAUUCCUCCCACUGAUACCAAUGAUGGGGCACUAUUCCUCCCACUGAUACCAAUGAUGGGGCACUAUUCCUCCCACUGACACCAAUGAUGGGGCACUAUUCCUCCCACUGACACCAAUGAUGGGGCACUAUUCCUCCCACUCUGACACCAAUGAUGGGGCACUAUUCCUCCCACUCAUACCAAUGAUGGGGCACUAUUCCCCCCCACUGAUACCAAUGAUGGGGCACUAUUCCCCCCACUGACACCAAUGAUG